AAAUUAAAAAAUAAAUAAAUACAACAAAAAUGUCUUUCAUGACUCGUGAAUAUAAAUUCAAUACCACCCUACAAAUGCAAAAGAAAGAUCAACACACCAUGGCCAUGCGCAGUUUUAAGAAGCUGGUCAAACCCAUCCUGAGGCUCGUGAAGAAGAAGCAAUUGUUACGCAAAACUUUGGCUGAAAUUCAACAGAACACCUACAAUUCCAGUCUGGAAGAUAUGCGUAAAGAUCCCGUCUACUUGAAUGCGGCCGAAGACAAUGUGGCCAACGAAGCCUUGGAGCAGCGUUUGUACAGUGAAAUCCGUCAGUGCCCAGCCAAUGCUGCCGUCAUCGUCCAUCAGGGUCAACAGCAACAUGUUGUGUCCGUUAGCCAAACCCAAAAUUUCAUUCCUGUGCAUUUUGCUCGCACCGAUAGCGGCACCUUCUUUUGGACCUCCAUGGAUAUGGCCCAGCAGCAAGAAAUGAAAAUGCGUUCACAAUUGGAUCGAUGGGCCCAGGCCUAAAUGAAGAAAA